AUGGUGAGUCAAGCCAAAAAUAGAGAAUCGAUUAGAGAAGAUGAAGAUGUCCUGGAGCUUCACAGAUUCCGAGAAAUUGCCAAGCUUGCGGCUAUACAUUACAACGAUGAAAAAAAGUUUGAGAGAAGAACGGAUCUUUCGCAUAUUGUGCACGCCAGUUUACACUUCGUUCAACUUAUAUUUACAUCGGCUAUCGAAAUUUUUCAUUACACACAUCACUAUAUAAAUAAAUGUGCGCGAGAAAAGGAUGACACGAUUCCACCAUUGCCGGAGGAGAGAAAUCCUAUUUUCUUCAUAUAUCCUGUCUGCAUGCUGCUGAGUCUGCUUCUUAUGAUCCUCUGGCUUGUUAAAAAAAUAUUACCUGAGAGGCCUGCGAUACCUCUCACAAUAUGCGCGACAGGAGCUGUUCUGAUGCUUGGGACAGGCAUAAUGGAGAUGAAACAUGCCGAUAUGUACAUCGAUGUUACCGAAUUUACUGACGAAGAAAUAUUGGAGCAUCCUGUCUUCAUUCAUAAUUUUGUAAUGUGCAUAUUAUCGCUCUUCGUUAUGGUUCUUUACCUAAUUCAAGCGUGGAUUCUUUUCGACUAUUGGCAAUGGAUUCGAAAGGAGCAAGAUACAAGUGUUUCGGAUGAAAGUCGAAGUUCUGAUUCUAGUGCAGACACUGACAAAAGUGAGCAUUCCGUGAAGAAAAAAUCAGAAGAAAAAAUCAGUGAAUAUAAUUCGAAACAGAAGAUUGGAGAAUUGGCACCGAUUCCUACCCUGAAAGAAAUGACUGCUCUCGCUAUAAUCGCUGAUAGCGUUGAUGUGGAUGACGAACCAAUCAUUUAUUGCUGUUUCGUCGACUGGUACAAUUAUAUUAAAAUAAAAAUGGAAAGUAAACCGAAGCAUGAAUUUCAAGUAAUUCACGUCAUGUGACAUGUCUGAGAUUGUUUUUAUGAAAAUUAUUACCGAUUUAUUAAACAUAUUCAGAAUAGCGAUUGCUGGUACAUUGUCCAGUCGCUGCUUUUCUGAAGUGUUGAACAGACAUCCAUCACGCCAUCUGAAGAGAUUUUGAAAUGUCAGUCAAUGAAGCUAACUGAACUUCAGCUCUGUGAAUAAAACAGUUUAUUUAUUUGUAAGGAGCUAUUUAUAAAAUAAACGCAUUUUUUCGUUCAAAUCUACUUGGAUGAUCAAUUCUAUUAGAAAUAAUUUUACUAUUAAU